UCGCUUCACACCCCUGUACAAUUUCUGUGAACCAUCAGGACUGCUCGCUGAACUGCUGUCCUUGUCAGUUCAUGACGUGAAGGCUUGCUGGGGUCGGAGAUGUCCAAGAUGUAUUUCUCCCGUCCUUCGCUCUUGCUUUUCUUGGACGGGGUUGGUGAAGUUCUGAUCUUCCAUCUUGAUUCUAUCGGACAUCCAUAAUGGCUUCACAUCUGGGCUUGAGAGGCUCGCGUCUUCGGACCGCCAUUGCGUUGGCAGCUGGACUUUGCUUUGUCGCUUUUGGCUAUGGUCAGAGUGAUUUCGGAGGUCUUCUCACGGUUUCGACCUUCAGAGAACGAUUUCCAGAGAUUGAUACUGCUGGACGGCCUUCCGAUAGUCAUGUUGCUAUCAUUCAAGGAAUCACGAAUGCCACCUGGAACAUUGGAUGUUUUGCGAGUGCCAUCAUUGCCAUCUUUCUCGGCAACUAUCUUGGCCGUCGACAGAUGAUCAUGCUCGGCUUGGUACUCAUGGCGACCGGAAAGGUGAUUCAAGCCUCGUCUUACUCAUAUGGCCAACUUGUUGCUGGAAGAUUUAUCGCCGGCUUUGGAAAUGGUUUCAAUACUGCUGCUGUACCUGCGUGGCAAGCGGAAUCGACUCGUGCACAUCGUCGCGGCACUAUGCUGAUGGUAUCAUCUGGAGCUUGUAUCGCCUUCGGUGUCGCUAUGGCCUAUUGGAUUGAUUUCGCCUUCGCCUGGCUCGCCCCCAGCUCGGCUUCAUGGAGAAUUGCCACAGCCUUCCAAAUUGUACCAGCGAUGCUAGCAUUCACCCUUAUAAUUUUUCUGCCGGAGUCGCCCCGCUGGCUCAUCUUGACUGGUAGAGAAGAGGGGGCAUUGACCGUUCUUUCUGCGCUCUCGGACACAACCACUGAUGAUGAGGAGGUUCGUCAAGAGUUCCUUCAAAUCAAGGAUGCUAUUCUCGAAAUGGCUCGCGGUGGCUUCUCCUCCGCCUUCUCGAUGAAUGAGUACAGAUAUCUGCAUCGUACUAUCCUUGCUUUUAUGCUCCAGGUCAUGCAGCAGUGGACUGGCAUCAACCUGUUCACUCAAUACCUUGCUCUGUUGUUCAAUACGCAAACAGGCUACACACCGUGGGUGGCACGAUUAAUCGCAGGCUGUAGCGCAACUGAGCUCUUCCUGGCCUCUUUUGUCACAGUCAUUGGUAUCGAUCGUUUCUGGGGUAGACGAACUCUGUCCAUGUUCGGUGCAGCUGGCAUGUCCAUCUCGCUCAUCAUUCUCACAGUCAUGGGGUAUCUCGACACCAGUACCACACAUAUCGUCAUGGUCGUGUUCAUCUUUGUCUACAAUACUUUCUUCGCUAUUGGAUGGCAAGGCAUGUCGUGGUUAUGGGCUGUGGAACUGACCCCUCUGGCUAUCAGAGGACCUGCCAAUGCCUUGUCGACUGCUGGCAAUUGGCUCUCGAAUUUUAUUGUCGUGCUUAUUACACCUAUUGCAUUCCACCACAUUGGUUAUCGUACAUAUGUCAUAUUCGCCGUCAUGAACGCUGCUAUCGUCCCCGUCAUCUAUCUUCUCUAUCCCGAGACUGGAUGUCGUUGUCUGGAAGAAGUUGACGUCUUAUUUCACCAAGCCUCGCAGACCUCAAGUCCAUGGUUUAGUGUGGUCAAAGUUGCCAAUAAGGAGCCUCUCUGGUAUGGCAAAGGUGGCGAACAUACUUUCUCGUAUGAGCAAACCGAAUGGCAUCAACACCUUGCCGAGCACCAAAGAGGUUCCGACGAGCACACUCCAUCAUCUUCCAACGGUAGCCCUCACGGUAUGGAAGAGAAGCAGGAAAUCUAAGGGUCUACGGGUUAUUUGCAGCUUCUAGUCUUUAAUGUCUGAACCCCUUUGUGUAUUCACAACCAACAUUGAAACAUGAUUUUCCACUGCUUUCAUCAAAGAUCGACGAUCAAUGACUACUUGACCCAUUGUCUCCAUGCCGCACUUCUAGCUUGCAGAU